ACCAAACGCCGCCGCCUUCUUCUUCUUCUUCUUCUUAACGCUGACUCUCUCCGGCCGCUCAACAAUGGCGGCCGUCAAGCUCAAAGCUUCUAAGCCCGGCCCGAAUAAGACAAAUUCAAGCACGGGCAGAAAGGUGUGGCUUUAUUCUUUACUACUCACACUGCAAUACGGAGUUCAACCUCUGAUCUCCAGACGUUUCACCAGUCAAAAAGUAAUCGUGACUUCAUCUGUUUUGGCGUGUGAGAUGAUAAAGGUCAUUUGUGCCCUCUUUCUCAUGGCAAAAGAUGGUACUUUGAAAAGGCUAUUCAAAGAGUGGACUUUGAUUGGCUCUUUGACUGCAUCAGGGCUGCCAGCAGCAAUCUAUGCACUGCAAAACAGCUUGUUGCAGAUUGCAUAUAGAAAUCUUGAUUCACUCACAUUUUCAAUGCUGAACCAGACAAAACUAAUUUUCACAGCUUUGUUUACUUAUUUAAUAUUAAGGCAGAAGCAAUCAAUUCAACAAUAUGGGGCGCUUUUAGUAUUAAUAAUUGCUGCCAUCCUUCUAAGCAUUGGUGAAGGUUCCAGUAAAGCAUAUAGCACUAGUAAUCCAGAUAUCAUAUUCCGUGGAAUUGUUCCAGUGUUGGUAGCUUCUGUACUUUCUGGCCUGGCUUCUGCAUUAUGUCAGUGGGCUUCUCAAGUUAAGAAACACUCAUCUUACUUGAUGACUGUGGAAAUGUCCGUAAUUGGGAGCGUUUGCUUACUGGCUAGUGCUUACAAGUCUCCAGAUGGAAUAGCUAUCAGACAAUAUGGAUUCUUUUACGGAUGGACUCCCCUUACAUGGAUCCCUGUUAUACUCAAUGCCAUUGGUGGGAUUCUUGUUGGUCUGGUGACAACUUAUGCUGGUGGUGUUCGUAAGGGAUUUGUCAUUGUCUCUGCACUUCUCAUAACUGCUCUCUUACAAUUCAUUUUCGAUGGGAAACCACCUUCCCCAUAUUGUCUCGUGGCUCUUCCAAUGGUGUUCACUAGCAUUUCAAUUUAUCAGAAGUAUCCAUAUAAGCUAAAAAAGAAGGAAUCUUGAUUUGGGAACGUUCAGAGCCAGAAAAUUCUGUAAAUUUACGCAUUUUGGUGCAUUAUUUGAUUGAAUUAACUCGUACCAGCAUCAGUAGGCUGGUAGAAUAGCUGAUUUGUAAUGGAGCUUCUUUCCAUUAUAAUUCAAUAUACCAAAAUGUAAGGACUUUUGACUGGUUAAUGUGACAA